AUGGAAGAAUCAACAAAAGAUUCACAAACUCCCAUAACUGCUAUACCUUUAGCUUCAACCUCCUCAUCACAAGCAACUCUUCAAGAUGUUGUCAUGGAAGAGAGUAAUACGCCCUCACUUAAUAACAACAAUAGUACCACUGAAAAAGAUAGUAAAGUAAUUGACCCAGCUACGAAUAAUCAAAAAAUUGUAGAAGAAUUUCAGUAUCUUUUGGAAAAAAGUCAACAGUUGUUUGCGGGUUUGAGGGAUCUUCCACCAACUGGUGGUCGUCAAUGGCAACCGUACUUUCAAAGAACUUUUGAAGUUUAUACAAAGGCAUUAUGGAAAUUCCAACAACAGAAUAGAUUUGUUCUAGAAAAUAAAGAUAAUUAUGGUCUUAAACGGUGGGAAGUGGGCGAGAUUGCAUCAAAAAUCGGACAACUUUAUUAUCAUUACUAUCUACGUACAAGCGAGACAAACUAUCUUCAUGAAUCCUAUAUAUUUUAUGAAGCAAUUCGUGAAAGGGCUUAUUUUAAAGAUGUGCUUGACGUAAAAAAUCCAAAUUUAAUGAUUAAGAAAUUAAGAUAUUAUGCUCGAUUUAUCGUUGUAUGCCUAUUGUUAAAUAAUCGAGAUAUUGUACAAAAGUUAAUGGAAGAAUUAAGUGGUCUUGUUGAUGAUUACAUAAAAAUAUUUAAACCUGCUGAUUCAAAUGAAUGGCAAUCGGUACUUCAAGAAAUUAGUACAUUUUUAGAGGCUGAAAAAAAACUUGCCCCAAUUUCACCUGAAGGUCAUUAUUUACCAAUUGCUCGUCGUCUCCAAAUCGAAAGGAGUCCGAGACUUGAAAAAGAUGGAACCCCCAAAUUAAAACUCCAAGAAGCAAUUUUGGUGGGAAAUUAUCAAAAUCAAAUCAAAUUCUCGGAGCUUACACUCGAUAUGUACCAUAUUUUACAGUCAUUAGAACGUGAGCCUGCUUUACAAAAGAGUGCACCACAAAAAGCACCAAGUGAAAAUACUUCAACUAAUGAAAGAGGCACCGGUAAAGAUGAUAUAUCUAUCGAGGAUCAAUCAAAUGUCAAUUUAUCAGUUGAUAAAACUGCAUCCAGAAGGCUCAAUCCACAUAAAUAUCUGUUGUAUAGACCAACUUUUAGUCAGUUAUUAGUUUAUAUUGCAACAGCUUUCAAGGAAAUCAAUGAAAAUUCUGCUUUAUUACUUUAUAUUUCUGCUGAUGGUGCAAAACGUGCAAACAAUAACGAUUCGAGUUCUCUCAAUGUAGGAUAUUCCGGAGGUGUUGCGACAAGUGCUCGAAAAGCAGCUGAUAAGUCUGAUACAUCUGAUAAUAAUGGAUUGAUUAAUUGUUUACAUCCUGACGAUUUAGUACCUUUUACUCGAAAACCAUUAUGCUUAAUAAUUGAUAGCAAUAACAGCACAGCUUUUGUGAAUUUUCCCAAGAUUUUCAAUCAACCGUUUCUCUGUCUCAUGUCUCCUACUGAAUAUCCUGACUCUAUUCCUGAUACUUCCCAGAUUGGUAGCCUUUUCACACUAUUUCUUCACACGCCUCUUCUUGGAUUCGCAUUUAUUUCGGGUAUUGGUCAAUUAGAUCCUGAUACAUGGGAAAAGUGUGUAAAUCUGGUUUCUGAAGCGGAAAUUAUAAUCGUCGAACUUUUUAAUUCGUCUCAAUUGGAAAGAUCAUUAAAAAGAUUUUUGCAAGAUGAUUUCCUUCGUCAAUUUCUAAAUUUUCCUACUUCAUGUCCAUUAUUACCAUCUGCCAUAAUUGAAUCAACAGAUUUGUUAACAAAAUUGAGACAAAUCACAAAAGAAGCUCAGGUUGAGUCAUAUUAUUCAUUCCCAACAUUAGAAGUUGUAGAUGAAAUUAUUGAACCAACAACGCAAUUAGAUGAUGAAGUUAAUGAAAAACCUAUUAUUUCACCAGUAUCUCAAGAAUAA